AUGGCUCAACAAUUGGACCCGCUCCGGCCACCCCGCUCCUCCGCGCGGCCCUGGGCGCUCCCGGGCGCAGGCAGGCGGGGUGCGCGCCGCGGCCCUUCCAGUCUCGGCCGCGCGCUCUCGGCCGGCGGGGCGGGGACGGAACCGGGGCGGGGACGGAACCGGGGCGGGGACGGAACCGGGGCGGGGCGGCCCGGAGCGGGGCCCGGGGGGCGGCCGCGGAACGUGAGCGCCGGCUGCCAGGCCGAGGGCGCGGGCGGGGACGGCGCGUCCGCAGAGCUGCCCCUGCGGGUGGUGCAGCUGCUGUCGGCGCUCUUCUACGGGACCUGCUCCUUCCUCAUCCUGCUGGUCAACGAGGCGCUGCUGACCACCUACCGGUGAGGCGGGCGCAGGUUCCCAUCACCAGUUGUUCUUGGAAUUGGACAGAUGGCAGCUACCAUAAUGAUACUGUAUGUGUCCAAGCUAAAUAAAAUAAUUCACUUCCCUGAUUUUGACAAGAAAAUUCCUGUCAAGCUGUUUCCUCUGCCUCUUCUCUACAUUGGAAACCACAUAAGCGGAUUAUCAAGCACAAGUAAAUUAAGGUCUGACCUUGCUUUUAACUUGGAAGGCUAUAUUUUUGUCUUCCUGAAUGACAUCUUCACAGCAGCGAGCGGAGUUUACACCAAACAGAAAAUGGAGCCACAGGAGCUGGGGAAGUACGGAGUGCUUUUCUGCAAUGCCUGCUUCAUGAUCGUCCCAACUCUUAUCCUCAGCGUCUCCACGGGAGACCUGCGGCUACUAAAUUCAACCAAUGGAAGAAUGUUCUGUUUAUCAUACAAUUUCUUCUUUCCUGUUUUUUGGGGUCAGCCUGUUCCAUUUGGCCGUCGUCUUCUCACCCCAGACAGAUUUGGUUCUACCUAUAGCCCAUGGCUUUGUCAGUUUGUCUUCUAUUACGUAUAUGUUACCUUCAAAGUUCAAGUUUUAAUUCUGAAACUGCUCUGGAAGGAAGCUCCAAUUUUGGCAUGUGUGUGUGAGGUGCUUGUGCGCGGGUCCCUAGUCUGUGGUGAGGGCCCAGCACAGAAAGGCGCGCUCGCGCGUCUGCUUGCUUGGCGUAGGUUUCUGCUGAUGCGCCCGCAGCCCUGUGUAGAUACUACCACUCCGCUCGACGGCGGCGGCGGUGGGGCCGUCAAGAAUGUAUCCAUUGCCUACAUUGGAUUAGUUGGUGGAGACUACAUUUUCUCUGUGUUAAACUUUGUAGGCUUAAAUAUUUGCAUGGCUGGGGGCUUGAGAUAUUCCUUUCUAACUCUAAGCAGCCAGUUAAAACCGAAACAACCUGUGGACGAAGAAAACAUCCCUCAGGAUUUGAAGGGCUAGAAUCUGGGGCAGAACUGCAGAUUGACUGGCAGACUGGGGCCUGGGGGCAUCCCAGAUGCAGGCAUGUGAAGCCUGGUGUUUGGGUCCUGGGCCCCCCCUGGUUAAAGCAUGAACAAGGGUGUCUGCAAAACGUAGGGAGAGUCUACCUCACCGGCCGCCGCAAGUGAGCCAUCAUGCCCCUGAGAAAGGUGUCGGCGAAGCCUGGCCACCCGCAAGUGCAUCUUCUCAGAAUAAGCCUUCCGAGGGUCGUGCGCAGGUGGAGCGCUGCCCAGGAGGCCGCUGUCCCCAGUCGGUGCUGCUGGUGCUGCCGGUGCUUAGGAGGAGGUGGCAGGUCGAUGCCGUGACGGCGACUAUUUUCUUCUCGGCACCUCGGUCUUAGUUUCAAAGCUCCCAGUCAAAGCAACGUGCCAGUGAGAACAUUUGUUCCGUUUAAACAGACAUGUCUUUAUUUUAAUAAAAUCAGCCGAUUAACUGCCAGUACAGUUCUUUGUUAGCUUUGAUUCGAUCUUACAUGUUGGUAUCUUUUCCCAGUCAUCAAAGUAAAAUAAAAAAUAAUUUGCGUGCUU